GACAAGUCGGAGAGGUUGAAGUUGCAGGAUGAGCUGAAGAUGCUGCUGGAAGAGAAGCUGAGGAAAGAAGGCAAAGCGGCGAGUUCCUUGACACAGUCAGAUGCUACUGUUGGUGGCAACGAUGACACCUCUGACUCAAGCGAUGGUAGAGAUGCGAUCAUUAGCUCGAUCUCUAGUCUGAACUCCGAGAUUGAGCGUGGGGAGCAUUUGGGCAAGCACGGGACGGAGAAGGACGAAGCUCAAAUGAGGAGUCUGUAUGACAAGUUGGGCAAGCACUUGCAUGUGGGAUCUAUCUGCAGGAGGAGGCAUCUUGCUCAGAGCGGGUUGCACGUCCUGCGGUACUCGUCCCUUGCAAGCUGCGAGAGGCAGAUUCGGUACAGGACGAGCCGGGCAAGGAAGAUCAUCAAGGCUGGUCUGAAUCGGUUGGCUCGCAGAGAUGCUGCUCACCUCUUCGGGGGGGGCAUGCAGGAGGGAUAUCGAGGGUUGCAGGCCAAGAAGGACAAACUCUCAACGGAGCUCACUGCUAUGGAGCGCGAGCACAGCAAGUUGCAAGCGGAGCUUGCUCGCCAAAAAGAGCGAAUCACUCAGUUGUCCUCCAAGACAUCUUCUCAUCAUGAAAGCAAUUCCCCUCCUGUGCCCAACAAAAGGAACAUCUCUCCUCCUGUGCCUGCGGGCCUUCCUCCCAAUUAUCACGGAAAGCUCUUGAGAUCUGCUGACACUGACACCCCUAACAGUGUUCCUCCUGGAUUGGCGUAGAGAGAUGAAGCUUCCUCUCUGCUCUACAUCAUUCUCCUUUUUUUUUUUGAUAACGAUUAUAAGCUUCUGUUUCGC